AAAGCAAAUUACAGUAAUAACUAGAAGAGGAAAAAGGAGGAAAAGAAAGGAAAGGAAAAUAAAAGUACAGAAGAGAGUUUGACGUACUGAGAAGAGGAGAAGACAGGAAAUCCAUAUGAUUCAACGCUGCUAAGGAGAGUUGUUUGAGUCCUUAGAAAUUGAUCUCAUUUUUUCCUUAAACCUCUCCUACUCUCUGUCUCUUCUCAAUUCUCAUAUCUAGGACCCUAGUUUUCUCAGGAUUGAUCCACUUUUGAGGUGAAUUGCCAUUUCCAUAAUUCAGAAGAAUUUCUCAGUUUUUGAAGUUCUAAAACCCCUUCAGGUGCAAGGUUUUAAUUGACUGGAGCUGGGCUAAUCGGCAAAAAAUGGGAGUACCAGCAUUUUAUAGGUGGUUGGCUGAUCGAUACCCGCUAUCGAUUGUGGACGUGGUAGAGGAAGAGCCUAAAGAGGACAGUCAUGGGCUGUUUGUUCCAGUGGAUGUUUCAAAGCCAAACCCUAAUGGCAUGGAAUUUGAUAACAUGUACUUGGACAUGAAUGGUAUCAUUCACCCUUGUUUUCAUCCCGAGGGAAAGCCUGCACCAGCAACUUACGAUGACGUAUUCAAAUCAAUUUUUGACUACAUUGACCAUCUUUUCUCAUUAGUCCGUCCAAGAAAACUCCUCUAUAUGGCUAUUGAUGGAGUGGCUCCUCGAGCUAAGAUGAACCAGCAGCGAACCAGGCGUUUUAGAGCCGCUAAAGAUGCCGCUGAAGCUGAAGCUGAAGAAAAAAGGUUGAGGGAAGAGUUUGAGAUGGAGGCUGCUAGUUUAUUGUCUACAGGAAAGCCUGAGACAUCUGAUUCAAAUGUUAUUACUCCUGGUACUCCAUUUAUGGCAGUACUAGCAGUAGCUCUUCAGUAUUAUAUACAGUCGAGGUUGAAUAAAAAUGCAGGCUGGCGGUUUACCAAGGUUAUCCUUUCUGAUGCUAAUGUUCCUGGUGAGGGUGAACACAAAAUUAUGUCCUACAUCCGCUUGCAACGUAACCUUCCUGGCUUCGACCCAAAUACCUGUCAUUGUCUUUAUGGCCUAGAUGCAGAUCUGAUUAUGCUGUCUCUUGCUACUCAUGAAGUCCAUUUUUCAAUAUUGAGGGAGGUGAUUACAUCACCAGGUCAGCAGGAGAAGUGUUUUGCCUGUGGUCAGGUUGGACAUCUUGCAGCUGAUUGUCGCGGUACAAACGGAAACCAAGGCGAAGAUGGAAAGGGUGUGAAUGAAACACCUAUUCACAAGAAGAAAUAUCAGUUUCUCAACAUCUGGGUGUUGCGAGAGUAUCUGCAAUAUGAUUUGGAGAUUUACAACCCUCCAUUUCGGAUAGACUUUGAAAGGGUGGUGGAUGAUUUUGUUUUUUUGUGUUUUUUUGUUGGAAACGAUUUUCUUCCCCAUAUGCCAACACUGGAGAUUCGAGAGGGUGCCAUCAAUCUGCUGAUGUGCAUCUAUAGAAGAGAGUUUACAACAAUGGGUGGUUAUCUUACAGAUGCGGGUGAGGUGUUUUUGGAUAGAGUAGAACAUUUUAUUCAGGCGGCAGCAGUUUAUGAAGACCAAAUCUUUCAAAAGAGAGCUAGGAUAAAGCAGUCAAUAGAAAAUAACGAAAGAGCAAGAAAUGAGGUUAAUGCUCAGCCACAGCCUCCGGCGGAGGACAAGGUGAAGUUAGGGGAGCCUGGAUACAAGGAAAGGUACUAUUCCGAGAAAUUUGGUGUAUCAACUGCAGAGGGUAUUGAUGAAGUCAGACAAGAUGUAGUUCAGAAGUAUGUGGAAGGAUUAUGUUGGGUUUGCCGGUAUUACUACCAAGGUGUUUGCUCGUGGCAAUGGUUUUACCCAUAUCAUUAUGCUCCAUUUGCUUCUGACCUCAAAGGUCUGGCGGACUUGGAAAUUACUUUCUUCCCAGGGGAACCAUUUAAGCCCUUUGAUCAGCUAAUGGGUGUUCUGCCAGCUGCAAGUGCAAAUGCUCUUCCUGAAAAGUACAGGAUGCUAAUGAUGGAUCCAUCAUCACCAAUUUCUGAUUUUUACCCAACAGAUUUUGAACUUGACAUGAAUGGAAAGCGUUUUGCAUGGCAGGCUGUUGUAAAAUUGCCGUUCAUCGACGAGAAGAAGUUACUUGCUGAAACUAAAAAGCUUGAAGACACGUUAUCGGAAGAGGAGCAACUCAGGAACAGUGUAAUGUUCGAUUUGCUCUAUGUUCAUCAUCACCAUACUUUGGCUCCAUAUAUCAUUUCGUACUAUCAUCACAAUAAUAAGGUGCCCCCAGGGGAACAAAGGCCAUGGCUAAUUGAUGCAAAUCUGAGUGGUGGAAUGAAUGGAUUCAUUUGGUUAUCUGAGCGGAAUGGCCUGAGAGAUAGGGUUUGUUCCCCACUCAAUGGAUUGGAAGAUAUUUCAAAUAAUAAGAUUUUAAAUAUUACCUUUCUGAAUCCAGUACCUCAUAAGCAUAUUCCGAAGCCUCCAGAAGGAGUAUUUAUGCCCAAAAAGAUUUUGAGAGCUGUUGAUAUAAAACCUUUCCCUGUAUUAUGGCAUGAAGAUCAUGGUACCCGGCGUCAGCUAGGCAAAGAUAGGGGUCCAGUACCUGGGGCAAUAGCAGGGCCUUCUCUGGGAGAAGCAGCACAUCGGUUGCUUAAGAACACAUUGAAUAUCAAACCCGGUGGAACAAAUUCUGGAGUGUUGGAGCAAUCAUAUCCUCGAAAUUUCCUCGGCAACCAUGUUCUGAAUAGACCAAGGCCAGCUGGACCGUCUGGCUAUGAAGGUGGAUUUUAUGAUCAAACGAGUUACAGGAAUUUUUCUCCCAAUCACCGGCCACGAUUUCCAGGACCAGUUGGCCGCGCAAAUGGUUUUUUUGAGGAUCCUUCUUAUUUAUCUAGCAAUUUUAUGCCUCAUGGUGCAUCUGGAAAUCCCAGAUAUGCUCCAUCCCCUUAUGAGUUGCAAAGCCCUAGGCAAAAUUUCAGGAUGCAAGACAGGCAUUCAUAUCAAGAUCAGUAUCAUAACAUGAGGAAUGAAAUGUCUGUGUUGACAAUUGAAAGUGGUUCAAGAACGAGGCCUUAUUCAGCUGUGCCAAGGAUGCCAAAUUCAGGACAACUUUCUAACGUCCGCCCACCGCCAUUCACACAAAGUGUGGGUCCACUUCCUUCACCCCCGCCGCAGUGGAUUAAUAAACCUGCAAGGGGAACUACAUCAAUGCACUUAAAGCAUCAAGAAACUUUAAAAGCGCCGGGGUACGAGAAGCAAGUCAAGCAGGUGUACCAAAUCAAAAGCCGACCAACUCAGAGUCCCCAAGAAACAGGAACACAACAUUAAUGUUUGAAUUGUUUUGAGCUUUGCUUUUCCCAUUGAUAGUCAAUCUCCAUAGACGUAGUGAAGGAUAUCCGGAUCCUACCAUGAAGGAUUCUUCUCGUAUCUUUCUUUUAUCAUUAUAGAUGGAUGGAGCCAUUUUAUGUUCAAUUGUAGCAAAUAUGGUGGAGUUCGUUUCACAGUCCCCAUGUAUGAUAGGCCAGUUUGAGCUCUGGCAAGUAUGUUGUACCAAAUGAAAGAGAAAAUUUCAAGGAAUAGUCUUUGUUGCCUUGUUCUUGUUGACUGAAUUGGCAGAACAAAUCCUGCAGAGUUAUAGUAGGAUACACAUAAGCAAGAUAUGAAUUUUUUUUUCCCAACCGGAUGCCGGGUAAGUUUAGUUGGCUGUAACAGUGUUCUGUCUACAUGUUUUCUUUUCAUAUUUCAGCAUCGAAAAAGAAAUACCAUUGCAUGUGGUAACAUGAUUUGUGAAUUUGGUUCCGUAUGUACUUUUUGUGGUUAUUGAAUGUUGUGAAUUACUACA